AUGAAGUUCACACUUGCUAAAAUACUUCUUAUCUUGACCAUUUCAAUAUUUAUCAUCGAUGCCGUUUUUGCAUUACCGCACCCUAAAAGGAUCAAAAAGAAAUUAAAACAUUCAAAAUCAUCUUGCAAAGGAAAAAAUUCGUCACAUCACCAUAAUUGUAAAGUCAAAAAGGUGGAUAUUGUUACUUCUAUUGCUCCCUAUAUUCCUACUGAUAUUCCUGGAAUCCCAAAUAAAUCUACCUUUAUUCCUAAUGGUACUAAUGUUCCUGGAAUCCCAAAUAAACCUAAUGGUACUAAUGUUCCUGGAAUCCCAGCUAAACCUAAAAUACCUAAAAAACCAAAUUAUGGACAUGGUUCUUCGAGCUCUGGUGAUACUAGCACACAUUCCGGAUCAGGAACAUUUUAUAACCCAGGAUUGGGCGCAUGUGGACAGACUGACAGUGAUUCAGAUACUAUAGUGGCUAUGGGUGCUCCAUAUUUUGAUCAAUAUACUCCUAACGGUAAUCCGAAUCAUAACACGCUAUGCGGUAAACAAAUAAAAAUUCACUAUAAUGGAAAGUCAGCUAUUGGAACAAUUGAAGAUCGAUGCCCAGAAUGCGCAGGUGGAGAUGUAGAUAUGUCGCCGGCAGUAUUCAACCAACUUGCAGAUCCGUCUCAAGGUCGAAUCCCAAUUACGUGGGAGUUGAUGUAG